CAAAGCUUUUAUGUCAUCCACAUAAAUAGAAUGUUAAGAACAUAAACAUAGUCCACAAAUCACUUUCUUUGUGGGGUUUCAUACAGUUUUGGCCAAGCAAAUUGCUUUACAGAGGAAGAGAUAUGGUUCAGCUCUAGAGAGAGGAAAAGUAGCAGAAAAGGGAAUAAAAAAGGGAAGAUAUUUUCAUCAUUUCAGCCAUUGAACACUUUCUAUAGCUACAAGAAUCACUUGAAAAUAUUAAAGCUGGUACCCGAACAUUUCGGGAUGGAUUGGUUAAACAUUCUAUUGGGAAGCCUGGUCUUAGUGAACAUUUCGGGAUAUUGAGCUUUAUAAUUCCAAGAACAUGAAAGUAAAAAGUGCGUAAUAUCGAAAACGACUUUGAAAUGGUAAAGCCAACAAGUUUUGAUUUUACGUACCUUUUUCGUUUGAACACGAGCCCACCGGCUUUGCUGUCAGCUUCAAAGUGUAAAAACUUUUUGAGAGACUUUUGUUCAUAAAUAUGCCUUCUCUGAUACCUUCUCUGAUAUUCGAAAAAAAUGACUUUAACAUUACGAUCUUCGACUUCUUUCAUCAACCCGAAAGACACCAAGAUCAUAAAGGCUCAUCUUCAUGAGGAUCUCUAUGGCGUAAUCUCGUUCAAGCAAGCAAAAUCACCGACCCGUCUUCGAAUAAGAAGCUCCCUACAAGAGAUUAAGAUGGAAAGGAGUGACAAAUUGGAGAAACUUCAUUCGUUAUCUAUGAAUCAUCACACGAAUGACUUGAGAGUUCCUGUGUUUGUUAUGUUGCCGCUUGACACGGUUACGCUUGGAGGGAAUCUGAACAAGCCUCGAGCGAUGAACGCGAGUUUAAUGGCUUUGAAGAGUGCGGGUGUGGAAGGAGUUAUGGUGGAUGCUUGGUGGGGAUUGGUGGAGAAAGAUGGACCUAUGAAAUACAAUUGGGAAGGCUAUGCUGAGCUUGUGCAGAUGCUUCAAAAGCAUGGCUUGAAGCUCCAAGUAGUCAUGUCUUUUCAUCAGUGUGGAGGGAAUGUUGGAGAUUCUUGCAGCAUUCCUUUACCGCCAUGGGUGCUCGAAGAAAUAAGCAAGAACCCAGAUCUCGUUUAUACCGACAGAUCAGGCAGGAGGAAUCCGGAAUACAUCUCUUUGGGAUGUGAUUCCUUACCUGUGCUUAGAGGAAGAACACCAAUCCAAGUCUAUGCUGAUUACAUGAGGAGCUUUCGGGAUCGAUUUAGAGACUACUUGGGAGAAGUUAUCAUGGAAGUUCAAGUCGGGGCUGGUCCAUGUGGGGAACUCAGAUAUCCGUCUUAUCCAGAGAGCAAUGGGACAUGGAGAUUUCCCGGAAUCGGGGAAUUCCAAUGUUACGACAAGUACAUGAGAGCUUCCCUUGAAGCAGCAGCAGAGAGCAUUGGAAAAAGAGACUGGGGAAGCAAAGGAGGGCCACAUGAUUCUGGUCAAUACAACCAGUUCCCUGAAGACACAGGCUUCUUCAAAAAGGAAGGAACAUGGAACACAGAAUACGGCAAGUUCUUCCUCGAAUGGUACUCGGGCAAGCUAUUACAGCACGGGGAUAGAAUCUUAGCAGCUUCAAAGGGAAUUUUCCAUGGAACGGGUGCAAAACUAUCAGCAAAAGUAGCUGGAAUUCACUGGCAUUACGGUACUCGAGCCCAUGCUGCCGAGUUAACCGCAGGGUACUACAACACUCGACACCGAAAUGGUUACUCGCCUAUUGCGAAGAUGCUAGCUAAACAUGGGGUUGUGUUUAACUUCACUUGCAUGGAAAUGAAGGACGGACAGCAGCCCGGCUAUGCAAACUGCUCACCGGAAGGAUUGGUUAGACAAGUGAAGAUGGCUACAAGGGAUGCUAAGGCUGAACUUGCAGGUGAAAAUGCAUUGGAAAGGUAUGAUGGAGGAGCUUAUGAGCAAAUUUUAGCCACGAGUAGGUCCGAAUCUGGAAAUGGCUUGACUGCAUUCACUUACUUGAGAAUGAACAAGAACCUUUUCGAACCCAACAAUUGGAGAAACUUGGUCGAGUUUGUAAAGACCAUGUCGGAAGGCGGUCGGAACCGGAGACUUCCGGAAUUGGACUGCAGUGGCAGUGAUCUUCACGUUGGAUUCAUUAAGGAGAAAAAGAUCAAGGAAGUUGCUGUGGUGUAGAAAUGAAACCAGCACAUAUCAGUCCUAAAUCUACAGCCAAAACUCUCAUAAUCCUCAUACUUCUAUGUGUAAAGAUGUAGUUUUUUAUACUUUCAGAACUGUAAUUAUUGAGUCCUUCAGUAAAAAAGUUGGACCAAGAAGGGAUCUAGCAUAAAUAUAGGUAAGAAGAUGAGUGAAACAGCCAUCUACAAUGCAGAAUGGAUACACAUAAUGGUAAAUAAUAUGGUACUCAGAUCAGAUUUAUUAUACUUUCAGAUAUCACAACGUGCUUAAAAGACGAACAUGAGUAAGAACAUGAGUGAAACAGCCAUCUACAAUGCAGAAUGGAUACACAUAAUGGUAAAUAAUAUGGUACUCAGAUCAGAUUUAUUAUACUUUCAGAUAUCACAACGUGCUUAAAAGACGAACAUGAGUAAGAACAUGAGUGAAACAGCCAUCUACAAUGCAGAAUGGAUACACAUAAUGGUAAAUAAUAUGGUACUCAGAUCAGAUUUAUUAUACUUUCAGAUAUCACGACGUGCUUAAAAGACGAACAUGAGUAAGAACAUGAGUGAAACAGCCAUCUACAAUGCAGAAUGGAUACACAUAAUGGUAUAUAAUAUGGUACUCAGAUCAGAUUUA